CUUUUAGGUCUGAGAAGGGUUUAGAAGAUGCAGAGAAAGCAGCACCCAAAGUGAAUUAUGUCCCCCCCCCACCUCCUGAAGAUGAGGAUUCCAUUUUUUCUCAUUAUGAAACUGGGAUCAACUUUGCUAAAUAUGAUGAAAUCCUAGUGGAAGUGUCAGGUGCUAAUCCUCCAACAGCUGUUCUUACAUUUGACGAGGCUGGUCUGUGUGACACGUUAAGCAGGAAUGUCAGUAGGUCGGGCUAUGUGAAGCCUACUCCAGUUCAGAAGUAUGGCAUUCCCAUCAUUAUGUCAGGACGGGACUUGAUGGCAUGUGCACAGACAGGAUCUGGAAAAACGGCUGCUUUCCUUUUGCCAAUAUUGCAAAAGAUGAUGGCUGAUGGUGUUGCUGCCAGCAGGUUUAGUGAGGUUCAGGAGCCUGAAGCCAUAAUUGUUGCGCCAACAAGAGAGCUUAUCAACCAGAUUUAUUUGGAAGCUAGGAAGUUUGCUUAUGGGACAUGUGUGAGACCUGUUGUUGUUUAUGGAGGAAUAAGCACAGGUUACUCAAUCCGUGAGGUGCUGAAGGGAUGCAAUGUUCUAUGUGGGACUCCUGGGAGACUUUUGGAUAUCAUUGGACGAGGAAAGGUUGGCCUAAGCAAAGUCCGGUACUUGGUCCUAGAUGAGGCAGAUCGUAUGUUGGAUAUGGGGUUUGAACCAGCAAUGAGAAGAUUGGUUGCGUCACCUGGUAUGCCUCCAAAAGAAGAUCGUCAGACUCUUAUGUUCAGUGCUACUUACCCAGAUGAAAUUCAGAGGUUGGCUGCAGAGUUUCUGAAGACAGAUUACCUGUUCCUUGUGGUUGGCCAAGUAGGAGGUGCAUGUACUGAUGUGGAACAAUAUGUAGAGCAGGUCACCCAGUUUGAAAAGCGAGAGAAGCUUGUUGAAAUACUGCAAACUACAGGUAACGAGCGUACAAUGGUCUUUGUUGACACUAAAAGAAAAGCAGAUUUCAUUGCUACAUUUCUCUGCCAAGAAAAAAUACCCACCACAAGUAUUCAUGGUGAUCGAGAGCAGAGAGAAAGAGAGCAAGCUCUUGGAGACUUCCGUACUGGAAAAUGUCCCGUUUUAGUUGCAACUUCAGUGGCAGCCAGAGGACUGGAUAUUGAGCACGUACAGCAUGUUGUGAACUUUGACCUCCCGUCUUCCAUUGACGAGUAUGUGCAUCGCAUUGGCCGGACAGGACGUUGUGGAAAUACCGGGAAAGCCGUCUCUUUCUUCGACCCCAAUUACGAUACUCCUUUAGCGCGUUCCCUUGUGAAGGUUCUCUCAGAUGCACAACAAGAAGUACCGUCUUGGCUGGAGGAAAUCGCAUUCAGUGCAUGUGGUACUUAUGGAUAUAAUCCACGUGGGAAUGUGUUUGCUUCAGUAGACACUCGAAAAGCCUCUUUUGCUAAAGAAGUCGCCAGACCGACCACAAUCAAUGAACCAAACGUGGAAGAAGAUUGGGAGUGAGAGCAAGACAGCCGUGUGAUCUCCAGCUCAGAGGCAGGAGUCGACUGAAAGCGAGGCUGAUGAUAACUAUGGUAGUGUUUCUAAACGCAGAUCUAGAAAUGGAUAAAUCCAGUCUUGUGUUACAGUGUCAGUUUUAGUGUUUGUUUAUUUUUUAUUUGAGCUUUUUUUUUUAUUAGCCAGCACAUGCUGCCAAAUGUCUUAAUUUAGUCUGGAGUUUUGUCAGUGCGAAGUCUUUGGUCACAGGUACGUAAAAUCUGUGGGUAUAAUCUGAUUCAGAUUUGUAAAUCUAAAAUUACACAUUUCCAGACUAAAUGGACAUUUAAAAAAAAUGGUUUCUGCUAUGCUGCUUGAUAUUUGUUGUUUUUUGUAAAGUAGAAUGUUGGUUAAUAGAAAUAAGUUGCAUUCAGAUGUUUACAUACUGUACUUCAGUUUUGCUAAAUUAACCAUGUCACCGAUUUAUUUAGUAACUUAUGGUUACCUUUUCGUUACUUCAUAUUGCAAAACAGUUUUACUAUACAUUGAAAUGGUAAAGUGAAUCUGUUUUUGAAAGUUAUUUUUUAAACUGAAGCUUUACAACUCAUACUUUGUUCAUUCUCUAAAUUUCAGACUUGUAAUUUGUUUUAAGGUUCUUCCUAAAUUGUUUUAGAUGUAUGGUCUGAACUAUAAGGAUAUUUAAGUGUAGUAUCCAACAAUGACGAAUCUAUUGAACUGAAAAAUCUAAUUCCACAUUAAAGUGAUUAUUCUC